AUGCAUCUCUAAACUUUCUUAGAAGAGCCCUAAAAGUUAUCCUCUUAUAAGUAAUUACAACAUUAAGGUAAUGUAUGCUUAACUACUCUUUCAGUUAAUGAAUAAAAGGAACAGAAAGUUAAAUCCGAUAUUCAGAGCUUAGAGCACAUUUGGGUAGAAUGGUUAGGCCAACAAUAAAUGUCUCAAAAAUAAAAUGACGAAAAUUAAAAGAAAAAUGAGUCCAUAGAUGUAGAAUGCACACAAGAGACAAAUAUAGGUGAAAAGAGUGCUUAACUUAAAACCUUCUUCGAAAUACUUAAAUCAAGGAUAAUAAAUGAGAAAUUGUAUUCUACUAUGACUCAAACAUAAAUGACUCAAUUUUUUGAAGAGGCCUCUACCUAAAUUUAAAACAAAAUCAAACUCUAUGAAGACAUCUAGAAAUUAAAAUUACUCUAAAAUUAUCCAACAAAUACUAAGAGGACUUAUUCAAAAUCUGCUAAUAUGAUACUCAAAAAAUGGUUGAUGGAGAAUUACAACAAUCCUUAUCCAAAACCUAAUUAAGUAGAGUAGCUGGUCUAAUAAACAAAUUUAACUAACAAACAGGUCUUAAAUUGGUUUAUAAAUGCCAGAAACAGUCUUAAAAAUAAAUCAAACUAAGAGAAAAAGUUUAAACACAUUGUUGAGUGUAAAUUCAAGGAAUUUGCUAUAAUGAAAAAAAAAAAAUUAGAACAAAGUAUUUGA